GCUGCUCUACAUGACAGCGUGAACUUCACAACACUCUCAUUCGACCGGCUGCUCCUCCACUUGAUCAGCUAAACCUUGCUGGCAGCCUGAGAGCAGUGCUAUGACUACGGCUUUUCUCAGGAAUACUGCAACCUGGAAUGCCAUGCCCAGCAUUUAAAGUUCCGAAGAACUCUGACGGAAUUAGCGAGCACAAUGGGAAACACUGUGAAAGCUCCAAGAGCAUCUGAGGAAACAAACACGCUGAGCCAAACGGGUCAGGAGAGUGAUUUCCUUGCUGUUCUCUAUGACUAUCCUUCAGCAGACAUAAGCCAACCUAUAUUUCAUGUAGGGGAAAAGCUACGUGUGCUAUCAGAUGAAGGAGGCUGGUGGAGAGUCCAUUCCCUUAAAACAGGUCGAGAAAAUUAUAUCCCAGGAAAAUAUGUAGCAAAGGUUUAUCAUGGCUGGUUAUUUGAAGGGCUGGGAAGAGAAAAAGCAGAGGAACUUCUACAGCUGCCCAACACCAAGGUCGGCUCCUUCAUGAUCAGAGAGAGUGAAACUAGGAAAGGGUUAUAUUCCUUGUCAGUGAGGCACAGGCAGGUGAAACAUUACAGGAUCUUCCGCCUCCCCAAUAACUGGUAUUACAUCUCUCCACGACAAACCUUCCAGUGCCUUGAAGACCUUGUCAAUCACUACUCAGAAGUUGCUGAUGGUCUCUGCUGUGUCCUUACAACACCCUGUCUCACCCAGUGCACUAACAACAACACCGAGAUGAAUCCAGUUCCUCCUGUGGUGAUGAGGAAUAAAAAUUUCAACUGGAGAAACAUUCACAGGCUGGAGGUGACUGAAGAUACCAAGAGCACCCUGGCAGCAAUAGAUGACUCUUGCCUCAGCUAUGGCCUGAGGGAAAGCAUCGCUUCCUACCUCUCCCUAACUGAGGAUGACAACGCUUCUUUUGCAAGUGCCAGAAAGAAGAAAUCCCAAUCUCUCAUAUACACAGGGAACAAACAUAAGAGUGCCCUCCCCUUGCCACCUAGAUACUAUGAUAACUAAAUACAAGACAAGCAGGAAAGAGCCACAGACUGACGAGUUAGGACAGAAACCAGAGCAUCCUGUGGUCCUGCCAUCCUUCAACAGCUGGGAAAUACAAUCUGCUAAGCUGGUGACCAAACACCAGCAGUGCUUCUGCAUUUCCUCUUCUGAAGACCUUCUCAAGGUGCUAUCCCAGCCAUGGCAUAUGCUGGGAAUGUCCCCAGUGCACCAGAACUGGUUCACAAGCAGGAUGAACUGAGAUAGACUCAAAAUCAAAAGCCAAGUGGUGCAGGUGACUCUUCAGCAUUGUAUAGAGGUGACUGCAGAGGGAAAAACUAACUGCAGCUCAAGAACUUAAAUUAAAUCUGACUCUGGUGUUCUCCACAAGGCUGAAAACCUGCUUUGUAGAACCUAUGUACACUGAAAAAAGGAGCAUUUUUCUUCUCAAGAUAGACUUAUCCAUUGUCAUUGAGAAUGGAUCAGAGAGACAUCAAUAACCCCAAGAAAGUAUCUAACAUCUGGCAUCCAAGAAACACCUGAUUAUAGUGACUCCAUACUUAUCUUUUAGGAGAGAAAAUGAAAAUCACUGACUUUACAAGAAGCAUUCAACUCACUUGCUGGCAAUGCUGCAGUUUCAUAGAAUAGUCACAAAAUUAAGAACAGGCUUAAUUCACUGAGAAAAGUAGUUCCUACUCACACCUGAGAUGGGAAUUCAGGCAUAUCCAAACAUGCAAUUCAGCUGCUCAUAGUAAAGCAGAGAACAAAGGGGGGGUUUAAUUGAAAAGUAAGAUGUGAUGAUGUUGUGCCUAA